CGUCGAGUUUGAUUGGAUCUUUCAGUGUCGUAAACUGUAGGGGUAAAACACGCGUGGACAUUAGAGGCGGCGUGUCUGUGUCCUAGCAAUCUAACGAUGGAAGCUAAACCUAAAUCACCCCUUUCCCCCAAGGGAGGAAAGAAAUUGAAACAAAAAGGCAAGGAUUCUUCUGGGAAAGCAUCAAAUAGUAGGCCACCUGGUAAAAAGCCUUUCAAACCAUAUAACAAGAAAGAUAUGAUGGGCAACAUGGGGAAGAGUAGAGAUAACACCAAGAAACAACAUACAUUUGUUAAAGAUGGGAAAGGGCCAAAGAAGAAAUUACUAAGCGGUAAAGGGGAAGGUGGAAAAGGCUCAAAGAGAAGAUUCCCUGUUGACAAACGAAGAGGAGACAAUACAAAAGAUGAUGGAGGUCCGCAGGCAAAGAGGUUCAAGAAAGGAGAGUUCAAGCCACAGAAGAAAAAGCAGGGAGCACAGGAGACAGAUGAAGAGCUGAAGAAGAACAGGCUGCAGAAGAAAAAAGACCUGAAGAAAAGCAGACAGCAAGCAGAUCGAAAGGACAUGUACCAAAUAAUCAAUCAGGCCAAACAAGUGUGGGGAGACUUAAGGAUGAAGAAGUGUGAGAGCGAUUUGAAGAGGAAGCUGAUGAAGGACCUUCAUGCUCUUAUUAGGGGGAAGUACAAAGAGAUGGCGUACGCGCAUGACUCUGUGCGAGUGCUGCAGUGUUUUAUCCAAUGGGGUAGUCAUGAGCAAAGACAAGAAGUGUUUGACACCCUUAAAGAUGAUGUCGUUGCUUUGUGUAAGUCGCAGUACGGCAAGCACGUUGUGAAAAAGUUGCUGAUGUAUGGGAAUAAGGAGCUGGUGGCAGCUGUGAUGCAAACGUUUAAGGGUAACGUGCGACCGAUGCUUCGCCACGCUGCCGCUUCGGCCAUCAUUGAGUACUCCUACAACGACAAAGCUGUGCUUGCGCAGAGACUCAUGCUCACCGAGGAACUGUAUGGAAACGCCUUCGCCAUUUGUAAGUCAUCGGUGUGCAACACUAUCGAUAAGGUCGUAGAAGCCAACCCGGACAAGUUGCACCAUAUCAUCAAUGAUAUGAAGCAAAUUCUUACGCCAAUGGCACAGAAAGAGCAGGUCAUCAAACAUUCUCUCGUCCACAAAGUAUUCCUGGACUUUUUCUUGUUAAGUCCCGCCAAAGAGAGAGCGGAAAUGAUUGAGUCCAUAAGGGAGGCAGUAGUCUACAUGGCUCACACUCAUGAUGGAGCUCGAGUGGCCAUGCACUGUCUGUGGCACGGCACCACCAAGGACAGGAAAGUCAUCAUCAAAACAAUGAAGACAUACAUGGUGAAGUUUGCCACGGGGGAGUUUGGUCACCUGGUUCUUCUCGCUAUAUUUGACUGUGUGGAUGACACCAAACUUGUCAAACAGGCAGUGUUGUCCGAGCUCAUGUCAUCAUUGGAUGAUGUCAUCAGUAACAAGUAUGGCAAAAAGGUUCUGUUGUACCUGCUGAGCCCCAGAGACCCGGCUCAUUUGCUGCCUGAGAUCAUCAAGGUGCUGGAAAAAGGAGAUGGCAAUGCGCACAGUAAAAAGGACACGGCGCUUCGAAGGAAGGAGCUACUUGAGGUUGUUUCCCCGCAGUUGCUAGAUUAUCUCCGUGACAAUGCCGCCGCCAUGGUUAUGGACAAAGCCACCAGCGUGACAGUUAGUGACAUCCUGGCAGCGGCCUGCGGCGAGUUGCGACCCGCUAUGGCAGCUGUGGCUCAGCUGGCCAAUCAAGAUCUAGUGCCUGGAGGUGUUGAAGGACAGCUUCACAUGGCAGAACAUCCUGCAGGGCAUCUGGUGCUCAAAUGGCUGAUAGAGCAGGAUGUCACUCUGGCUGAGGCUGGCAAAGAAGAGCGAUUUUCCAGGAUCUUGGUGGACACUGUUGGAAUGGAAAAACUGAAGAGUUGGGGAAAAGUCAACAGAGGAGCCAUGGUGCUCUGCAGCCUUCUGAACAGCUGCGACAAAUCUGUGGUGGCAGAUGUGAAGACAGCUUUACAAGACUUUGAGCUUGACGGUGGCAGCAGCAGCAAGGGAGCUGAAAUCCUGCUGGAAAUCUUGAAAAAAUAGAUAAACCAGUCAUACAAACAGCUUGUGACACUCUGCAUCACUUUGGAUCUGGAAGUAGGACUGUGUUGCUCCAGAAGCUGAUGAGGACCAUAUCUAAACUAUUUCAAGAUGUUUAAUGCCGAAAAGUGUCUCAAAGAGAGAGAGAGCACAGAACAUUAUCAACUUUGGCUGAUGUUUGAGUACUUGUAAACACAUCUCUACUCCCAAGUUAAUUGGGGUCUUCUGCUUGAGGAUCACAGAAAAUCUCUGGAGUAAAUAGCGUAAUCCGGUUUAACAAAUGGACAGACGACCUGAUUAAGUAAUGCUCUUAGUACCCAAAGAGUGAGACAUCAAAUUACUACAGAAUUCAUGAGUGGGGUCACAAUGUUGUGCCCUGGAGAUGAACCUCAAGUCACAUUAACAAAGAAGGUUUACACCUAAAAAGUUACAUGAUAGUUUUGCUUUGCAUUUGCUGUUCUACUUGAGAAUACGAUAAAGACCAGUUGUACUAAGUUCAUCUUGUUUUCCCUUUUUAAUCACUUCACUGGUUCUUUUAUAUCAAACAAAAUAUUUUAGGUGCAUUACCUGACAUGUUUCGGUGGGUUCUUCCGCCCGCCGAAACAUGUCAGGUAAUGCACCUAAAAUAAUUUGUUUGAUAUAAAAGAACCAGUGAAGUGACGAUAAAGACCAGUUGCUCUGUGUUCAUAAACGGUUGAUGCAGUAUGGCUCGACAUGCCAGUGGUAAGAUACAUUUUAUAAAAUGUGAUCAUAUUUUCAUGUAAAGUUUCAAUUGAUUUUAAUUACAGUUGUCUUUGAAAUGUUGACAAAUUCAUUGCAUGUAAAGAUUCCAUCUGGGCAGUUUGUUAGCACCUACAUGCAUCACACACUUGUCUCCAUUACACAUUAGCUCGCCUUCAUAGUGCAUCUCCCUCAUGUACUCUUAGCAUGCUUGCAAACUCGUUAGACAUGCCUCACUUGCAGUAUUGGUUCUCCUCCAGACAAUUUGACAUUUAGAAGAAAGGAAAGAUGCUAUUACAAAGUUGGGAAAAGAUGUCUUGAUUUUCAUUAUAUUAUGUCCUUCAGAAUGAGUCCAACAAUUUACUAGGGGUCAAAGGUGAUUUGUAAGGUUGUAAUUGUAAAUAAAAGUCACAGCCAUGAGUUGUCAAUGUGGCCAUAACAGCCUUCUGCCAUUA